AUGGGCUGCAACGGUAGCCGGGCGGGCUGCACCAGCCAUAUCGGCGAGACUCUCCCUGCUCGAGAACAUUACCAGCAGUAUAUGUUCAAUCCGGAAAAGUAUGCCGCGGCUACCAUUGCUCGGCUCCGUUCACUGUGUGAAGCGCAGGACACGCGCUCCACGGGUACCCGGCUUCGGGAUGGUACGGAUGAAGAGUGGGAUAUCAUUCAGGGACUGGCAGAGGGUCACAUUGUGAGCCGCUCAUGCCCACACUUUAUCAAGAAAGUGUUAAAUACGAAAGAUCGAUUGCGACUCCAGUCGACCAUUCAGCUGCAAGUCGAAGGAGAGCUAUCAUUCUCAUUGGCUGGGCAAGGAGCAAUUUCAUCCAGCCGACAGCAUACCCAGGCACUGAAGGAAGACAUACUGCUGGCGGCCGAAGGGUUGAAGGUGAAUCUACAGGCACUGCACACCAUGCUCAGUCAGGCGAAGACAAUCGGGUACAACACGGUUCAGAAGUCGAUUAACAUUCACUUUUUUCAGCGAUCUACGGCGACAAAAUUUCAGAACACACUCGUGCCGUUCCGUCGGAAAAUCUACCGCCUCCACAAUCGGCACGCACCUACUUCUGGUUCAGUGUGGGAUCGCCAAGUCGGAGCCGACGGUACUCGCCUCACGAUGCAGACUAAGUAUGUUAUUCGACUCUACAAUGUUACGCGCUACAUGGACAUUGGACGCUUUACAGCAUUCUUGACGGCCCACAUUAGUCCUGAAUUUGAUCUGGAACCUUUGGGCACGUGCACACCGGACUCUAGGACAUCAACGGUGUGGCGACUGACGAUCCAAUUAGCAGGCUGCCCCGAUUUUCUAUGUGCUGUGACGGAGCAGCUGCGUGGCCCCGGCAGUAUUGUGGCUUCCGAGGAAGAGGUGUCGCAGCUAGAGGAUCUGGCUGUUCCUUUCCGUAGCUUUGCCAAAAUGCGCGACAUCGCGGCCCAGCGUAUACGCCUUCAAGACCAAGCAGAUACGAUUUCUGCACAGGCAGUCCAGCCCUCUUCUAUUAUGGUGCCCACGCUUGCCGUGGACCGCGUCAACUCCGACGGUCGUGAUGGUCGUAUCGUGGCGGCGUCCGGAAUAGGUGGUCUUUCAACCGCCCAACCUGACCAGUCUGGACAAACACCACUUGCGAAGCCCAAACCUAAGCCUCGGCCACAAUGGGUGACAGUCUCUAUUCCUCAGGGACGGAAGGCAUUUAGUGCUACGAAGACAUUAUCCAGCCGGCAACCGGAUACGAGCGUUGCAGAAGCGCUCGCGGCCGUACGACACUCUGACAAGGCCACGUAUUCUACGGUCCAGCUUCGGCUGAUAAUGAAAACACCACCGAAGCUUCCACUGACGCCUCAAUUAGUGGCGCUAAAACAGAAGGAACGGACCGAGCUUCUAAGGAAUAUCGCCCAAGUGGAGGGUUACUGUGGAUCGCGUGUAUUGCCGCGGCUGCCAGAUGGCGUUGAUCUGGGGUCCGGGUCGUACGAUAUUAUUCAACAGCAGCUGGAUAUUCUGCCUGUUCAGACUCCGGCGAACGGAAAUUGUUUGGCUAUGGUAUUGGUCCAGGCGCUCGCUAACAACGGUUUGCGCCACCGCGAUAAGAUCCUCCUCUCCGCUACAUCUAGCUUAAAGAGAGGCAUCAAAUACACGGGACAGAUGCACAUGAUGGAUCAAUUCAGCCACCACGCCCGAGUGACCACUUUGGUGAACGUUGCCAGAGGCUGGGUGGAUAUGCCGAGGAGUGAAGCUACCAAACAAUUUAAAUGGUACCUCGAAGAAUACGCGUCCAGUCUCACUGACCCGACUACAAUGUUGGACCGAUACUAUUGGGGAGGCUUGUUGGCACUGUGGGUUUUAUCGGCCUAG